UUUACAUUUCUUGUUUACAUUUCUGGUAUAGCAGCGUGAAAAGCCAGGUUGUCAAUGAAUUUAGAACAUAAAGAUGAUGGGAAUUUAUCCGUUACAUUGAACGAUGUACACAAUGCCUGUGCAGAGUUCAUGAGGAAAACAACAGGAGGGAAUGCACCAAAUGUGGAUGUACUCAGUAAAAGUAUCACACGUCUAUUUGAUGUACAGGGAAAUUUGAUCUCUACUGGAGGAAAGAGAAUAACAUUAUUCAAAAAUCUUGGUCCUCGCGCAUCAAACUCCUCGGUUGUUGGGACAAUAAAUUUACCAUCUGUAUGCCAGAUCCAAUGCACAACACCCAACCUCACAUUCAAGUGUCCUAUUCCUGUUUUAAUCAAUGACACCCAGCAGCAUUGCCUCAUGGCAUUUGAACCCAAUGAUUUCUCAAUUGAAAUAAACAAUAUAAAGCUAUCAUCAGGAUUUCCCAUUCCCUUAGUGCAGUCAAAUGUUGAUGGAGUUAUAUUCUUGGUUGCAAACAUGAAAAUGUGUGGUGGAGUUCCCUCAGAUGAUGGGUAUUUUCCUAAGACUUUCCACCAGGAGAAGAUGUCCAGCACGUACGCAAAUGAUUACAGGGUGGUUAUGAGGUCAAAGUACUGAAAGCAAUUCUGGACUGGCUGGGGAAAAACCCAUCAUGUACAUCAUGUCAUGAAUCUCAUCACAUAAGGAAGAGGAGGGAGAGAAAGAGAAAAUGCCCAGACAGCAGUGAAGUAGAGAAUAAGGAAAAUAAACAGACCUUUUCUCCUCCAGCACAGCAACAAGCCGAAAACCCACCAAUUUCUAAGGAUGUACUGACAGAAAGAAAGUCCGUGGUGGAUAAUUAUAUCACCCUUGAUAAAGAAGAUCAUGCCGACAUGGAAAACAUUUUGAACUUUGUAAAGAAAACUGAUCUCCCUGAUGAAUUUGUAACCCUACUAAAAGCUCAACUGGAAAACUGUAACAAAGACUUAGAAGUACACCAACGCAGAUGGGACCCAAAAAUCAUUAGUCUGUGUUUAACUCUCUACAUCCGUUCUCCUCAAGCUUAUGACGACUUGAAAAAAUCAAACUUUCUGCUCCUUCCUUCCAAAAGACUUCUCCAAUAUUAUAAAAAUUCUGUCAAGCAGAUUCCAAGGUUUAAUGAGGCCAACUUGACCUGGAUGAAGAAGGAAAUGGACCGGCAAAACAUUCCUGAAUUUGGUCGGCACGGAGGUAUAGUCAUUGAUGAGAUGACUAUACAAGAUGACCUCAUCAUAACAAAGUCCGGCGACACUUGGAAGUUGGUUGGAUAUGUGGACAUGGACGACACCAAUAACAACAUUGACAUUAUCUCCAAUGGAAAGAAGCGAAUGCAAUUGGCAACCCAUGCACUACAGUUUAUCUUCCAUGGAUUUACUGGAUUCAGAUAGCCAGUUGUGUAUUUUGGAGCCAAUCCUGCGACAGCACAUCAACUCUACACAGCAUUUUGGAAAUGUGUAGAUUUGCUGGAUGACAUGAAUGUGACUGUAGACUAUGUCAUGACAGAUGGUGCCUCGACAAAUCGUUCGUUUGCAACGAUGCUUUUUCCUGACCAUCCAAAGAACUCUAAUUGGGUUUUUCAAGAUAUCUUUUUUCGGGAGCAUGGCAUGUGUUUUGUUCAGGACAUCAUGCAUGUGUUGAAAAAAAUUCGCAAUAAUGUGGAAUCCAGUAAAUCACAACACAAGACCAGUGCUGGAAGAUACUUAGUGCAUGGCAGCAAAUGCAUCACUUGGGACCACUGGAAAUCUUGUUACCAGUUUAAUUU